UUUAUUUGGUAAUGUUGGUUUUUGUAGUUGUAACUUCGACUUUGUUCAUAGUUCUUAGGCUUUCUGCAUUAAUGUUCUUUAGUUUGCACCAUUUUUAGUUGGAAUAAGGCCUAGUUAUGUGAAAUUCAUGUUCUCGAAUUUCAAGAAAUGCUUUAUGGAAUUUAUGUGUUGUUACAUCUAUCCAUUGGUUGCUUGAUUGUGAAGUUGCAUUAGCUCCAAAACUCUCAAACAAUAAAAUAAGGGCAAAGGAUAGGUAAGCUAGCAGGUUACCCAGGAAUAAAAUGUGCUAGCGUUUAUUGACCGUUAGAUUAGAUGGAUUAGAUCUAUGCCAUUGAUUAAGUAUGAUAUGUAUGUAUACCCAACUUAAAUCUCAUAUACUAUUAUGAAGAUUUGUACAAAACACAAAACCCACUUUCUUUUUCCUCCUUUUCUUCUUUUUUCUUUCUUCUUCCUGCUUCCUCCGCCAAUGAAGCAGUCUCGACCAAACCGCUAUUCACCCCUCCCUUUCUCCAUCGUUCUCACCCACGCUCCCUUGUCCCCAGCCCCCUUCUCAUCGUUCUCACCCACGCUUCCUUGUCCUCAGCCCCCUUCUGUGAACCUCCAACAUUGCACCACCUCCACCCGCCCACCGCCGCUCAACCCCUGCUAUCACUCCCACCUCUCCCAUGUUAUUACGUUUCGCUCACGUAAGGCCUUCUCUAAUUAAAUGAGAAAAUAAAAAUUGAGAAGCCACUUUAGUGGUGGAUUUUGUUUCAGACAGAGGAUACUCAGGUUUUAGUUGAGGAAGAAACUGAUACAGUAAUUAGAAUAAAUAUUACUGAUACAAUAUUCAGGUUUUAGUUGAGGAAGAAACUGAUACAGGUUCCAAUUUGACAAAGUAAGUUACUAAUCGUCAUCCGUCGAUAUUUUUUCACAUUUAAUUAGCAUAGAUUGAACCGAUGAAUUUCAAAUCGUUUUUUGGGGUUUAGGAGUUCAUGGAGUACAAAAACUUCAAUGAGUGUCUCACUUACAUCGAUGAGGGCAUAAUCAGGCACACGCCUAUCGAUGCAUAAUCAGGCACACACCUAUCGAUGGUCUCAUGGGUUUCUCCCAGGUUUUCCAUUUUUCCUUCUUCAUUUCUAUGAUUUUUUUAUUUUUUAUUUUUAUUUUUCUGUGAUUUCUUGCUGGUUUUACAUGAGCAAUAGAUCAAUAGUUAAGAGAGUUAUGAGUGAGAGAGAGACCAAUCGAUUGAUCGCUUGAAUUGAGCGCAUCAGAGGAGUCAAUCCAGAGAUAAUGGCUUUUGUGGUCGAUUUGCUGCCCAAGGAGUAUGGCUAUGUCAUUUUGGUGUUCGUUCUCUACGGUUUCUUCAAUGUUUGGAUGGCCGCCCAAGUCGGCAAAGCCCGGAAGAAGUAUAAGAUGUUUUAUCCAGUCCUAUAUGCCUUGGAAUCAGAGAACAAGGAUGCCAAUCUCUUCAACUGCGUUCAGAGAGGGCACCAGCAUUCUCUGGAGAUGAUGCCGGUGUUCUUUGCAUUGCUUCUGCUCGGAGGGCUUCAAUACCUUGUGGUUGCGGCUGGGCUUGGCUUUGUUUACAUUGUUGGUCGAUACUUCUACUUCAAUGGCUACGGAUCUGGAGAUCCCAAGAAACGUAUGAGAGGGGGAUUCUAUGCCUUGUCGUUGCUUGGGCUUGUUGGUUGCACUAUUUCAUUGGGAGUUAAUCUUCUGCGUCAAUGAAAUUUCUGGAGAUCAGAGAUUGGUUUUUAGGUUGGUUUUUUUCACUAUAUCUGGGAGAUUGGAAUGUUGAGAGUUGAAC